CUAUUCCCUGCCCACCGGCGUCUCCGCAGGGUCAAGGCAGGGACGUCACAGAGGCAGCGACAUCACAGGCGCCGGUGCCCCGGGCAUCUCCAUUGCCCCCCAAAACCUCCCACCAAAGAGCGCACUGGAGGCGGAGGGGCAGCAGCCACCAGCCCGCUCCCCGCCUCCCCGACAGAGCCUCGGUCAGCAUGGGGGAGAAUCUACAGCCAGCUCCAGCCAGUACAGGAUGAAGAUGAGAUGGAGCUGGAGAAAGAAUUGCUAGAGCUGGAGCCCCCAUACAAAGAGGUCCUGAACCCAGACCCUAAACUGGGGCCAGAAUGGAAGCCCCAGGCCUUCGAGCAGCCGGAGCUGUGCUCAGGGGUCGUAGGCAAGCCUGAGGUCAAGCCGAAGGCAGAGCCCAAGUUGCAGGUGGCCAACCUGGAGCCCUAUAAUGAAGACCCGAAGCCCCAGGGACCUAGGUUAGAGUCCCUCCAUCCCCACCCAGAGGGGCUAAGGCAGCAGGACAUCAGCCAGUGGAGUAUGAAGUCCAACUCCAGCUACCUGGGUUUCGCAGAGAAGGAAAAGGUGUCCCCCGACCACCGCUCCAUCCGUGUCCAGACCUCCAGGCACCUCUUCUGGUCAGACAAGCUCAUCCAGGCCUCAGAACACAGCCUGCAAGAGAAGACCCAGAAGAGCCCAACCAGGACCUCGAGACACCCAAAGAAGCCCUCGGUCUCCAAGGAUACCUUGUGCUCCAAGAAGCCCGCUCCUCUAGACUCAGGCUCCCCGCAACCUCUCAGCCCAGACCCGCCCUGCUCCCCACCAACCAUCGGCUUGGCAGAGCUGAUCAACUUGGCAUCCUCCCUGGCCGUGGCCUCCUCCAGCAAGACGGACUUGCCCAGCUUGAAGCACCUGAUCAAAGCCCCACCCCAGAAGGCUACGGAGCCUUCUGCAGAGGCCACCACGGACGAGCCAAAGCAGGAAAAGCCCAGCCAGGACUUGCCACCAGAGAAACCGCUAGAAACCAGGGAGCUGCCGAAAGCUCCCAAGGAGGAAGACAGGCGUUUACCUCACCCUUACCUUGACUUCAGCAAGCCGGGGUUCAAGAGGGCCACCAUUGAAGGAGAAGUGAAAUUCCUCCAGUCCCCGAACAUGUCCCCUCAGCCCCAAGGAGCUGAAAAAGACUCAGUGCCGGGAACCAAGAAAGGGAGUCCAUUAUUGCUGAAAAUCCAUUUUAAGCUGUCGUCCCCCACUUCCCCAGAGAAAUGACUAGACAAAACGAGUAAAGCCUCCAGUGCUGGCCCCUGGCUCAGACUUUUUGUGCAAACGCUCCUGGACCAGUGAGCUCCUCCCUCUGGCUGUGGCACCCUGGUCUGGAUUUUUUUAGGGAUGCCACCCCCAUUUUGUAGCUACCCCAGUACCCCCUGCCCCCUGAGCACUCUGCCAGGCCUGUUUUGUCCCUGCUGACUCCCCAGGGGUGGUUCUGCUCACCUUCACCUAGCCAGGUGAGACUAGGUGGGCAGUAGAGACUUGGGACUAGUCCCUGGAGGCCUCAGUAGUGCUCUUUAUAUUUCUUAGGUAUAAAAGGGGGUAUGUUGGGGAGCUCACAUUGUGGCGCAGUGGUAAUGAACCCAACUAGUAUCCAUGAAGACGUGG